GUCGGUGGCGACGCUGCAGCUUGUCUUCCCUCCGCUUCUUCCAGUUCGAGCAACCCGCUCCCCGACGGCGGAGGCAGUGGCAGGGUCGGUCUGGAUGGAUCAUCAGCACCAUGGCAAUUGAUGGUGGAGAACGUACUUGUGGAGUUCAUGAGCUUAUAUGUAUCCGCAAAGUGUCUCCAGAGGCAGUUGGCUUCCUCUCUGCUGUUGGCGUGAUUGUCAUUCUUAUGAUCCUUCUCUUUCUAUAUAUCAACAAAAGACUGUGCAUUGAGAAUAUAGGAGAGUUUCCGUGCCUUGACACAGAAUACAGGGCCAGCAAAGAUUUACAAGACAAUAACCAUAACAGCUAUGGUGAUGGAGACCACCAUGGUUCCUCAUCAGACAGUGAAGAUGAGGUGCUUGGCAAAUACCAUGAGGCUUUGUCCAAAACACAGAUCACCUCUGGUGCAGCAUCAGACAGCAGACACCAUCAGAAAGGGUACUUGUGGGAAUCCAGACUCAAAUAUAGUCCUCUGUCAGCUGAAUAUGAUGGAUACAGCAGUGAGGCAUCAGCAGAUGAAGAACACUGUAUUCAGAGGAUGAGGAGGACACCCCCACUUGAUGAACUUCAACCACCCCCCUAUCAGGAUGAUAACGGAUCACCACAUCUCUCCUACACACCAUCAGAACUGGAUGACAAGUGUGAACUCUCUCAUUCCAGUGCAGAUUGCAACAGUCCACGUUGUUCAUACAGUAAGUGCCCUAGCGAGGGAAGUGUAGGCCAUGAGACAGAGAGCUACCAUCACAAAGGAUAUGAGGAAGAUGUUCCCAGCGACAGCACUGCCAUCCUCAGUCCAGAGGACUCAGCAAGAGGAUCUUCUGCACAGCUACCAAAAGCUUAUGAUCCAGAACCAGUAUCUAAGUAUGGCACACUGGAUGUCACUUUUGAUUUUGACUCACAAGCACAGAAACUUAUGGUAACAGUAACAGCUGUUACAGACAUUCCAACACAUAACCGAACUGGCAACAGUUCAUGGCAAGUACAUCUUGUGCUACUACCCACAAAAAAGCAAAGAUCAAAAACAAGUGUCCAGCGGGGGCCUUGUCCUGUCUUCACAGAGGCAUUUAGGUUCAAUCGCAUUGAGUCUGAGAUGAUUGGUAAUUAUGCAGUGCGAUUUAGGCUCUAUAGUAUACGACGCAUGAAAAAAGAAAGGAUUGUUGGUGAAAAGGUAUUCUAUCUCACCAAGCUAAAUCUCCAAGGCAAGAUGUCCGUUCCAAUUGUGCUGGAGCCUUGCGGCAGCCUCACUGGCUGUGACUCCCAGAUGAGCAUGUCUGAGAUGUCCUGCAGUGAAAGCACUUCCUCCUGCCAGUCUCUGGCACAUGGCUCAACACCAGAAAUCCUAGUUGGCCUGCUGUACAAUGCCACCACUGGCAGACUGUCAGUAGAAGUCAUAAAAGGAAGCCACUUCAAAAACUUGGCAGUGAACAGACCACCUAAUGGACUGUUCUGUUGUCUAAAACACUUGAUAGGUGGGCAGGUUUAUAUAAUCCGAGACACAUAUGUCAAGUUAACACUGCUGAAUUCAAUGGGUCAGGAGAUGUCCAAAUGUAAGACGUCCAUUCGACGAGGCCAACCAAAUCCUGUGUACAAAGAAACAUUCAUUUUUCAGGGUUCCCUUACAUAGGGAAUGCGGCAGGUGAUAGGAGGCAAGAAAGCUGGAUCCACAAGGUAAGUGCCUUUACAGCACUGUCUAUAGAUCAAGAGAGCAGAACUGUGUCCUCCAGGUCCAAGAAGCUACACAGUAAACCUCCCUUCAAACUAUCUUUCUCUUCCUCCAAUGAUCAGGAUCCUGACGUUUAGACCCCUUCCACUGAUUGGAGAUCACCCCAUGAUCAGAAUCUAAAUACACCUUAUAGUCACAACUUCCCUCCAGUCCUGCCUUGUCUACUGCACUCCCAAUUAAGCCUACCUACUGUCAGUACAUCUUGGUUACAACUUUCAAAAAAAGGUUGUAGGAUUACCCACUUGACAAGCACCCAGCCUGUCAAUCAGCUGGCUAUUGGCUGGUAACCUGCAAGGAACAUUUUUAUCCUGAUCUCAAUAAAAAUUUCUGCUCCCACUUCCUCUCUGCGUCCCAGUGAAUCAAUUUCAUAUUCACUGCAGCCCGUUAUAUCCAUUCCAGUGGAGGUUAUUUGGAAUUUAAAAAUCCGGUGACCCAGAUUACAUAAUGAUAAUGACUGGCAGCAACUUUUGGAGCCCACAUAUGUUAUGUAAAACACAGAAAUUAGGAGUUGCUCUCAGUGAUUGUACAAAUCUCCAUACCACGCACUAUUGAAGGUCCACCUGAUUACAAUCAAAUAGAAGUAAUUGAACUGUUGUAAACCAUUCCUUUUAUGCCAUUAACCUCAAUAUAAAAACCGUUUGAAAGGUCACAUCUUGUUUGAAUGAAGUAUAAUUAGGUUUCUAAUGGCAUACUAUGUUCAGAUUGAAGAAUGACUUUAUUCUUGCGAAACAAAUUUUAUAUUUGUGGAAUGUCUGAUUUCUUAACUCUGAUGACAAUAAUUCAUUACUUUUUGAAGACUUGUAUGAUAUUGUGCUUCUACCUUAAUUCCAUGUGUAUUCCCCCUAUAAUCAAUUUAAUUCUCUUUGAAAUGUUUAAAAAUAUGAAAAAAAUUAGUGCAUUUAACUUCCUUGUUUGCUGUCUAUGAGAAUGUUUUAAUAUGAUUUGGCUGCUUACCCUGCUUGGUGACAUCGGUGUCUCCAGACUGCUGAAGAAUCCCUUGACUUACAAUCCGAUUCACACUAAUGACAGGAAAGCAGGAUUCCCUGUCGUAGAGAUUGCUUGGUGCCUGUGGACUAUGUUCUCCAAGGUCAGUGGUGAGUGCCAAACUUUUCCACUGACCAUAACAUUUGGGCCAUUAGUAUUGCAGAAUUAAUCAAAAAUCAAAGUUUUGCACUAAUCCAAUCAUCAUAUCCAAGCAUCUCUUUCAAUGCCAUUACAUUGUUAAAUUAUAACCUACAUUAAGUUUGCUUUCCAGGAUACUUUUCUGGAAUUUAGUUUAUACACUCUGCCUGAUUCAGACAAUUAGGACUGUUCAAGUUGAACAGAUUUGGGAUGUAUUGCUGUGUUCGUUUUCUUUGUUGCACAGUAAUUAACUGCUGUGCAGCACUAGGAAGUUUCUUUGUUCUUCGCGAAUGGCAUUGACCAUUGUUUCCAUGCCCAUUCAGUAAAAUAGGCUUUUAAAAUUUGAUGACCAGCCAUGAUGUCAAAGAUUUGCCAUGUAAUGCAUAUUCUACAAUUGGCUAAAUGAAACUUGUAGUAUUUAUACCAGUUAAUAUGGAAUAAACAUUUUCAGCACUCCUUAAGGAUAUUACAGUAUCCUGCCAUUUCCCACUGUCAAAUCGUAUUGAAUUAAUUUGAUGAUAAGAAAAUCCCCAUUUUAAUGUGUUUAAAUUUAGAUAAAACUGACUUUUUCUUAACUUAACAAAAUAUACCCUCAAACAAUUUAACUUUGCUUUAAUUCCAAGAAGUAUCUUGUUUUUACCCUUGCAACUUAAAGGGCUGGAAAGCAGUGGAUAAGAUUAAAUCUUGUAAUACUUACUAUUG